AUGUCGUUCGUCGCACUCUCCCGCUCACAUCCGCCAUGUAAGCAGCAGCCGCUCGUUUCUUCUCCACAAGCUUGCCCCAGGCGUGGCACUCAUCACCCUAACAGACCUAAGGCACUUAAUGCACUCAAUGCAGCGCACUUCCAAGACAUAUCUGAUGCGAUGAAGGAGCUGAUGAGGAUGCCAGUGUGGUGCUAUGGUUCUCCUGGGUCAGAACGCGCGUUUGCGGCUGGCGCGGACAUCAAGGAAAUGAAGGACAAGUCCUUCGCAGAAGCUUACACCACAACUUCCUCGCUGAUUGGGAAGUCAUCACAAAACUUAACAAGCCGGUUAUUGCAGCCGUCAGUGGUUACGCCCGCCUUCAGCACAACUUGGACAGCCAGAAGUCAAUCUCGGAGUCAUCCCUGGCGGCGGAGGAACCCACGUCUCGCCCGUCUCAUUGGGAAAUCGCGCGCCAUGGAACUCGUCCUCACCGGACGUAUAAUAGGUGCGGACGAGGCAGAACGCUGGGGCAUCGUACGAGUUGUACGUGAGGGCAAUGUCGUUGAUGAAGCCGUAAAGGUGGCGAGCGAGAUCGCAAGCAAAGGACGUAUCGCAGUGGGUGCAGGCAAGGAGGCUGUGAAUGCAGCAUUUGAAAUGAGCCUCGCUGAGGGACUGAGGUUUGAGAAGCGGUUAUUCCAUGCCUUGUUUUCAACCAAGGAUCAGAAGGAGGGCAUGACUGCUUUUUCUGAGAAACGAAAGGCAGAGUGGACGCACAUCAUAAGGGCGUUCUGUAUAUUACGAGGGCACCUCGUUCGUCAAGAUCCCCGUGUUGUCCUGUGUUGA